GCCGCAGCCGGCGAAGCUUCCCCCUCCCACACGGCUUCUGUCACGCGCCGCCUCCUCCCCUCCGCCGCAAACACGCACGCUGCCCACGCCACCUGUGCGCACAAACCAAUCUCUCCUGCAUCCAGUCCGCCUCCUCUUCCAUUCCUCGCGAUCCUCCUCCUCAGCCGCCGCCGCCGCCGCCGCCCCGGGUAGCGCUGCCCUGCAUUUCUGGGAGGGCUCCGCCUCGCCUGCACCGCCGGGGAACUUUGCGGGCGGAAUUUGGCAGGCUAGUGUCCCGCCAGGAGGCGCGGAUUCCGGUUGGUUUUGAAUCCAGGGGGCACCGAUUGAUUGGGUGAGAGGGCAGGCUCGAUUUAGCGGAUAAUUUUGGGGUUCGUGGCGCGGAUUACUGGUCUCUAGGGAUUUGCUAGCUAGCUUGCUUGGGUCGUGCGGCGCGCGGAGGCGGCUGGGCUGUGUUAAUGGCGGGAUCUGUCGGCGUGGGCAGGGCGGCGGCGCGGUCGUCGCCGAAGCGGUACGCCGGCACGGACCCGCCGUUGUCCCUAGCCGGGCCGACGGUGGCGGAUCUCCAGAGGACGGCCGAGCUAGAGAAGUUUUUGGUUGAAGCUGGCCUUUAUGAGGGGAAGGAGGAGUCUGCGAAGCGGGAAGAGGUGCUGUCGGAGAUUGGUCAGAUAGUCAAGGAAUGGGUGAAGCAGUUGACCAGUAAGAAGGGAUAUGCUGAGCAAUUGGUUGAACGAGCAAAUGCAGUCCUUUUCACUUUUGGGUCUUACAGAUUGGGGGUUCAUGGACCUGGAGCUGAUAUUGAUACCCUUUGUGUUGGACCUUCAUAUGUGAACCGAGAGGAGGAUUUCUUUGUCACACUGCAUGGCAUAUUAGCAGAAAAGGAAGAAGUGACUGAGUUGCAACCUGUACCUGAUGCUCAUGUACCUGUUUUGAAAUUUAAGUUUCGUGGGAUAUCAAUUGACCUUCUCUAUGCUAGCCUCUCUCCUUCAGAAAUACCAGCAGAUUUUGAUAUUUCUCAAGGAUCUGUUCUUUGUGAUGUUGAUGAAGCAACUGUUCGAAGCCUUAAUGGAUGCAGAGUGGCAGAUCAGAUUCUUCGACUUGUUCCAAAUGCUGAGAACUUCCGGACAACACUCAGAUGCUUGAAGUACUGGGCAAAGAGAAGGGGUGUUUAUUCUAAUAUUACUGGUUUCCUUGGGGGUGUCAACUGGGCUCUUCUGGUUGCUCGUGUCUGCCAACUCUAUCCUAAUGCUGUGCCAAGUAUGCUGGUUUCUAGAUUCUUCAGAGUUUUUACCCAGUGGCAAUGGCCAAAUCCAGUGAUGCUAUGUGCGAUUAAGAAUGAUGAUCUUGGUUUUUCUAUAUGGGAUCCACGCAAAAAUCCUCGUGAUAGAAACCAUCUAAUGCCUAUCAUCACUCCAGCCUACCCAUGCAUGAACUCUAGCUACAAUGUUUCAACCAGCACACUGAGGGUUAUAAUGGAGCAGUUUCAGUUUGGCAACAAAAUUUGUCAGGAAAUCGACGUUAAUAAGGCCAAUUGGGAUGCUUUAUUUGAGCCUUUCCAUUUCUUUGAAGCAUAUAGAAAGUUUCUAGUGGUUGACAUAGUUGCAGAGGAUGAUGAUGAUCUUCGGCUUUGGAAGGGAUGGAUUGAGUCUCGUUUGAGACAACUUACUUUGAAGAUUGAGCGGGAUACUAAAGGAAUUCUGCAGUGCCAUCCUUACCCAUGUGAGUAUUCAGAUCCAGCAAUAGAGUGUGCACAUUGUGCCUUCUACAUGGGCUUAUCAAGGAAAGUGGGUUUGAAAAAAUGUGGUCAACAAUUUGAUAUCCGUGGGACAGUAGAUGAAUUUAUGCGUGAAAUUGGCAUGUAUUCAUUGUGGAAGCCUGGGAUGGAUCUGGCUGUCACCCAUGUCCGUAGGGAGCAGGUCCCAUCUUAUGUAUUUGAGCAAGGGUACAAGAAACCCUCCCCUACGAUGCAUGCAAACCAACAAGAACAAUCUGAUGGAGAUGGCACAUUGAGUCCAGAUCUGGGGGUUCAGCUUAAGAGAAAGUACGAUUCUGAUGGAGAUGGCCAUGUGGAACUUCGCAAAUCUGUAAAAAGGGCUUUAGUAAGCCCACCUGGUGAGGAAACCCCACCUCAUCAUGGAAAUAGUGUUAGUAAGGUCCUAUGUGACAGUCCGGUGAAAUUAGUUUCCAGUGCCCUUUUCAGCGGAGCUCAGACUUCUCCAUCACAUGAUGAUAUAACUUUUGAACAAACACAAUUAACUAGUUCAUCACAUGGAUCCGAGGACACCUCAGCAUCAGGCACAAGCUGUGCAGCAAUGGGAGCAGUUGUUUUGGCUGAUGAAUCUAGCAAGCCUGGUAACUUGACAUCUGAUGUUGUAAUUGACACAGUUGAGACAAUGGAAGUGCACACAACUUCAGAAUGUGUGGCUCAGAAGGAUGAAACAAAGCUUGAGGGAAUCAGAAGCUUGACGAGCAGCAAUUGUGCUGAGUUUCUAGAGGGGGAAGUUCUUGCUGAGAACGUGCACUUGAGUGGAGAUGAAGUGAUUUGAAAUGGCAUUUGAGAUAGAGGUUUUGCUUUCUAUACAUUCGCCCUGUCUAAUUAAAUCCCUGUUUUGAUAUGAUCCAAAUUAUGUGUGUUCUUUUGUUUUAUCAUUUUUUAACUGUCCUGAUCUGCAAAGUUGAUGAAAUAUGUGACUCAAUUUGGUUUUGAAAGGUGAUGCAGGCCUAAAACUGAAUAGAGCUCAAAGAGGCUAGAAAGUGGAGAGGCAUGACUUCAUUCAGAUGCUGUUAACGGUACAAGAAGGGACCAAUGGCUGCUGGUUGCUGGAUGGAAGUUGAGUUUGAUGUAUGUGGUCGGUAAGUUUGGUGGUGGUGAUGAUUGUUUUUGCACGUUGAAGGUGGCAUUAAUCUUGCAGCGGCUAUAACUGGGAAAAACGAUCGAGUUUCGAGAAGGAUGAAGGUGAGGCACCACAGCUGAGAACCAUGGAGGACAUGCAUGUGCAUCACUCGCAUUAAGGAACCAUUUAGGUGGAACUGAGAGGGCUCAAUAUUUGCAGAAAAAUUAUGAGUCUAGUGCUCUAGGCACUACAGUUAUUUGUGCAUUAUUUAUUCAUGUACGCCAAGUACCUACAAAAUUCAAAGGAAUUCAUAAGUUUUGGCCUACUUCAUUGUCCCUGCAGUAUCAUGUUGACAAUAAUUUCUCCGUCG